CCUUCCCCCGCGGGCCCCCUCCGCGCAGGGAUACUAUGGUCUCCGGCGAUGGACGCCCCAGGUGCAGGAUACGCCUUUGAGUACCUUAUUGAAACAUUGAAUGACAGUUCGCAUAAGAAGUUCUUCAAUGUACCUAGACUUGGAGGCACCAAGUAUGAUGUGCUGCCUUACUCAAUACGGGUCCUGUUGGAAGCUGCUGUGCGGAACUGUGAUGGCUUUUUAAUGAAAAAGGAAGAUGUCAUGAACAUUUUAGACUGGAAAACCAAACAAAGCAAUGUCGAAGUGCCCUUUUUCCCUGCCCGUGUUCUUCUUCAAGAUUUUACUGGAAUACCAGCAAUGGUGGAUUUUGCUGCUAUGAGGGAGGCAGUGAAAAUUCUUGGAGGUGACCCGAAGAAGGUCCACCCUGCCUGCCCGACAGAUCUCACAGUUGACCAUUCUUUACAGAUCGACUUCAGUAAAUGUGCAAUACAGAACGCUCCGAAUCCCGGCGGCGGCGACCUGCAGAAAGCGGGAAGGCUCUCUCCACUCCGAGCCCAGCCCAAGAAGCUCCCCUGCAGGGGCCAGACCACCUGCAGAGGAUCGUGCGAUUCUGGAGAGCUGGGCCGAAACUCAGGAAAAUUGUCUUCGCAGAUUGAGAACACACCCAUUCUCUGUCCUUUUCAUUUGCAACCAGUGCCUGAACCUGAAACAGUGUUAAAAAACCAAGAAGUAGAAUUCGGCAGAAAUCGAGAGAGGCUUCAAUUUUUUAAGUGGAGUUCAAGAGUUUUUAAGAACGUGGCUGUAAUCCCUCCUGGAACUGGAAUGGCUCAUCAAGUAAACUUAGAGUAUUUGUCGAGAGUGGUUUUUGAAGAAGAUGACUUCCUCUUCCCAGACAGUGUGGUUGGCACCGAUUCUCACAUAACCAUGGUGAAUGGCUUGGGCAUUCUGGGGUGGGGGGUUGGAGGCAUUGAAACCGAAGCAGUCAUGCUGGGCCUGCCGGUCUCUCUUACUCUGCCGGAGGUGGUUGGGUGUGAGUUGACCGGCUCAUCCAACCCUUUUGUCACAUCCAUAGAUGUCGUGCUUGGCAUUACAAAGCACCUCCGGCAAGUAGGAGUGGCUGGAAAGUUUGUUGAGUUUUUUGGAAGUGGAGUUUCACAGUUAUCUAUAGUGGAUCGGACCACAAUAGCAAACAUGUGUCCAGAAUAUGGUGCUAUCCUCAGCUUUUUCCCUGUUGACAAUGUGACAUUAAAACAUUUAGAACAUACAGGUUUUGACAAAGCCAAACUCGAGUCAAUGGAAACAUACCUGAAAGCUGUGAAAUUGUUUCGACAUGACCAGGAUAAUUCAGGAGAACCCAUGUACUCCCAGGUGAUUCGGAUUCAUCUGAAUUCAAUAGUUGCAUCUGUCAGCGGUCCAAAGAGAUCUCAGGAUAGAGUUGCUGUGACGGACAUGAAACGUGAUUUCCAAGCUUGCUUGAAUGAAAAGGUGGGAUUUAAAGGCUUCCAGAUUGCGGCCGAGAAGCAGAAGGAGAACGUCUCUAUCCAUUACGAAGGAAGUGAGUACCAGCUGUCUCACGGGUCUGUGGUCAUGGCUGCGGUCACCAGCUGCACCAACAACUGUAAUCCGUCUGUCAUGCUCGCCGCAGGUCUUCUGGCUAAGAAGGCCGUGGACGCCGGUCUGCAGGUUAAGCCAUACAUAAGAACAAGUUUAUCUCCAGGCAGUGGGAUGGUGACCCAUUACCUCAGUUCCAGUGGCGUGUUACCGUAUCUCAGUCAGCUCGGAUUCGAAAUAGUUGGCUAUGGCUGUUCAACCUGCGUGGGAAAUACAGCACCCGUAUCAGAAGCAGUUUUAAAUGCAGUCAAACAGGGUGAUUUGGUUACUUGUGGAGUUUUAUCUGGAAACAAAAAUUUUGAAGGUCGUCUUUGUGACUGUGUUCGUGCCAAUUACCUUGCCUCCCCACCGUUGGUAGUAGCCUACGCCAUAGCAGGCACAGUGAAUAUAGACUUCCAGACGGAACCGUUAGGCACCGACGCUACUGGCAAGAGCAUUUACCUGCAGGACAUCUGGCCCAGCCGAGAGGAGGUCCACCAGAUGGAGGAAGAGCGUGUCGUACUGUCCAUGUUUAAAGCACUGAAAGAGAAAAUGGAGAUGGGAAAUAAGCGUUGGAAUUCCCUAGAAGCACCGGAUUCUGUGUUGUUUCCGUGGGACUUAAAGUCCACGUACAUUAGAUGUCCUUCAUUUUUUGAUAAGCUUACCAAAGAGCCAGUUGCCCUGCAGCCCAUUGAAAAUGCACAUGUCCUCCUGUAUCUGGGGGACUCGGUCACCACAGACCACAUAUCGCCCGCGGGGAGCAUCGCCAGGAGCAGCGCCGCUGCCAAGUAUUUGACAAACAGAGGCCUUACUCCUCGUGAGUUCAACUCCUACGGGGCCCGCAGAGGCAACGACGCUGUGAUGACAAGAGGCACGUUCGCGAAUAUCAAGCUGUUUAAUAAGUUCCUUGGAAAACCGGCUCCCAAAACAAUCCAUUUCCCAUCAGGACAGACGCUGGAUGUGUUUGAGGCUGCAGAGCUGUACCAGAAGGAAGGGGUCCCGCUGAUCAUUUUAGCAGGGAAAAAAUACGGUUCUGGGAAUUCCAGAGACUGGGCUGCCAAAGGACCGUAUCUGCUGGGUGUGAAAGCUGUUUUGGCUGAAAGUUACGAAAAAAUUCACAAAGAUCAUCUGAUUGGAAUUGGCAUAGCUCCACUUCAGUUCCUUCCGGGAGAAAAUGCAGAUUCCCUGGGCCUCUCCGGCAGAGAAACAUUUUCUUUAGCGUUUCCUGAAGAACUGUCUCCUGGAGUUACGUUAACUAUAAAGACAAACACUGGGAAAGUAUUCAGCGCGAUUGCUUCGUUUGAAAAUGACGUGGAAGUAACGUUGUACAAACAUGGAGGAUUAUUAAACUUUGUGGCACGAAAAUUCUCAUAGUAUCUACUCCACACGGAUACCUUUUGAGAACUGGUAACUGCGAGUAACGCCUUUUAUGCUGGAUCCAGGGAGCCUCGCCCUGGAGCUGCAGACGGUCCUGUGCACUCACCGAUCUCACCAUGGGUGUAAAUGAUUAUGAAUCAACAUAGUGACUGAAAUGAAAUCUUUCUGAUUUUAAAUAAUCUACGAAUGGUGCUAUUAACAUUGCUCAAAUCAACGUGUGAGGUGUGCUGUGGGAGAGGCCUGUAAGUAUGGGGUAUUUUAACAGACCAUUUUGUAAAUAAAGGCAGAAUUUGAACUUGUGUUGAAGAUUCUUACAUGAAUAAUCUUCCUGAAGUUGUUUGUUUGGUUUGGCACCCAUAAAACUGUAUACCACUGUUUGUUGGUUUAAGACUAGCAGGUUGGAAUGUAAGAAGCCAGAUUAGACUCUAAAAUUGUGGAAGUUGGAAUCUGAUUUACAAAUGGACUUU